GUUUUUGCGCCGCUACGCUUCCCGUGUCGCUGCCUGACACGGGAUCACGAGAGCUGGUGGGGCUUUCGCCCGCCGGAGAACGCGGCCGGAGCAGACGACGUCGUCCCUCGCUCGCUGAUACGCCUUGGGUCAGCCGUCAUACGGACAACGCCACCGUUACAAAGGUUUGAUAACAGUGCGACGAGGAGUGCCGCAAAAGGUCUUCGUCCCGCUGAUCGUCGCUGCCGUAGCGCUAUCGCAGCUGGAGGCGAAAAAAGAUAGAAAGCAGCCCAGCAGAACACGAAAGCGGGCAGCCAGCCAAUUCCACGCUUGUAGAGUCUACACCGGAGUGGAUCUUAGCGACGUCGGCGUCGAACGGCAUGCGGAGGAGUGCGGAGCGCCUGCGUGUUCGCCAGAGAGCAGACAGCCGGACUCUCGUAAGUGGCGUCGUGCGUGCUGCUGCAACUGCUGCCGCUUUCCACGGAGCGCACCGUCGCAGCUGCCACCGCAGCAGUAGCAACAGUGCGAUCUUGCCGUCCACGUGAUCUCCGGUCAUCUCACGGAUUCUCGGAGGCAGCGCGCCGCGCGCGCGCACCAGCUAACACAAGCAUGUGCACCACACGUGUACCUGACGCUGGCGCCGUCGACGACGCCGACGACGCCAGCCGGCUGUGCGGCGUGGGCCGCUUCAGGCCGCGGGCGCUUCAGGUGUUCGCGCGGCCGCAGCUGUUCACGUUGUUGUACAGUGCCGUGAGCAUCCUGCAGAAUGCGCACUUCUACUACUUCUUCGCCAUCAUGUCGACGCUGCAGCGACGCUACGGCCUCUCCAGCUGGUCGAUCACGGUGAUCCUCUUUGCCGACAGUGCGAGCCCUUUCUUCGUGAGCUUCUUGGUGGGACACUACUCGCGCACCGUGUCCAAGCCGCUGCUCAUCUUCGGUGCCAUCGUGGCCCUGGUUGUCAGUUGCGCGGUUAGCGCGCUGCCAUUCUUCCUGUACGGGCCCGGGCUCGCCUUGGGUGUUGUCGACGCUGCGGCUGCUGCCUCCCGAGACACCCUGGACACCUGCCAGGCGGCAGACGCAGUGCGGCCUCUCUUGCAACCAGGUUGCGAAGGCCGCGGCAUGCCGGAGUCCGUCGUCGUGACGGCCGUGCUGUUCACGGCCAACUGCUUCUACGGCUCCGCGUACAGCGUGCUCUUCAUCUCUGGGAGCACGUACGUGGAUGACAGCGUGAAGAAGAAGAACUCUCCGUUGCAUUUCGCCACUGUUGCCAUCCUGAAGCUGGCCGGACCGACGCUUGGCUACGCACUGGGCUCCUUGUGCUUGCGCUACUACGAGGACCCUCGAUUGGAUCCGGUGCUAGAGCGGACAGACCCCCGCUGGGUUGGUGCCUGGUGGAUGGGGUACGUGGUGCUGGGUGUUUGUCUGGCGGCCACCGCCCUGCCAGCGCUCUUGUUCCCGCGCUACUUGUCGCCGCCGACUUCACCUACUGCUUCCCGAGAACCCACAAAAAAGUCAAAUGGAGCAAGUAGCUUCUGGCGUUCGCUGAGGUCGUUGUUCGGGAACCCGGCCUACGUGUUCAGGCUCGUGUACUGGCUACUGGCUAGCAACGCGACCCUGGGCCACGCCAUGAUGAGCUCCAAGUACGUCGAGGUCCAAUUCAGGACGUCCGCCUCCCAGGCCAGCUUUCUCAUCGGUCCCGUACUAAUGGUAACCAACGUGCUGGGACUGGGCAUGGGCGGCUUGGCGCUGCACGUCUUCAGGCCCAGGCCACGCCUUGUGACGCUGUACACGACGCUCUGCGACUUGGUCAAGCUGGCCUGUCUGGUAGCCUGCGCCUUCAUAGGCUGCGAAGCCAUCCGGCUUGCUGGCACCAUCAGCACCGUCGCCGGCCACGGGUCGUCAAUACAGACGGCUUGCAGCCAGAACUGCAGUUGCAUCACCAGGCACUUCCAACCUGUUUGCGACCCGGUCAACGAAACGGUUUUCUUCUCGCCUUGUCACGCAGGCUGCGCCAAGAUAUCUGCAGCAGAGUCAGGGGAGGUGUCCCUCGAAGAAUGCUCGUGCUUUUCAACUCCACCUGUACAGCAGGAGCACCAGGAAGCAGACCGAUGGUCCCCGUACUUGGGAUUGUGCACCGGUAACACUUGCAGCAACGUGCUGACGUUCAUUGCGUUGUCGUCGUUGGUCGGCUUCAUCGCCCGCACUACAACCGUGGGACACACGAUUGUCGGGCUCAGGUGUAUUCCUCGCGAGGAGAAGGCGAUGGCGCUGGGCGUCCAAGAAGGCCUGAGCAGCAUCUUUACUUACAUUCCGUACCCGAUACUCUACGGGGCCAUCUUCGACUCUGCUUGCCUCGUGUGGGAGGACAAGUGUGGCAGGCCGGGUGUCUGCUGGCUUUACGACACGGACCGGCUUCGCUACGCCUACCACGGUUUGUCAGUGGCCAUCUUGCUGGUCGCUGUAGUAUUCGAGGCGGGCCUCGUGUACCACAGCGGCCGCAUGUCCGGUUUCUACUCGGACGUGGCGGUUCCGACUACGCAGCGAGACAAGGUUCCCGCAGUGGUCGCGGACGGUUCCGAAGGUGUGGCUCUAGUCGACUUGCCGAAGACAAAGAGUAGAAAGAAAUCUGAAGACGCGGAAGGAGGGUGUGGAGAAAAGGCGGACGAAGACCUCCUGAGUUCCGAAGACCGUCAGGCAUCGUGCGGUUGCAGCAAGCAGGAAUCAAAAGAGCAAACGUCGGUGUGCUAAAUAACUGUCUAUAGUACCGUAAUCAAGGAGGAAUUCCGUGACGUCGGCACAGACACAUGUUUGUCAGUGAACGGCACCAGUGGAGGUAUGCACGAACGAACGGGCCAAGCCAAACGUGAUAGUGAGCACUGGCCCUGUGUGUUGUGCCCAGCGUGAGGCUUCGUACAGCCUUGAGACCGUUUCGUUUAGCAGAAACGCCUCGGAUCUGUUUCUUCGGCUGCCAACUGCGCCGGCAGGUAACUGAUGUGCCAUGUACUCGUGGCUUGUUGUUUAGGCUCGAUGACAAAUGAUUCCAGAGCCAAAUGCAGCAGGGCUGUCGUGGCAAAAGCUGUUGACUGGUGAUUCAAUUGUACAGAGAAAUACCGGCCCUGCCAUCAUGACAGAAAACAUCGUUAGGGCAGGAUGCCAUGCUCGCGUGCUUUGUCUGCGCAAUAUAUGUUGUGCCUUGUGCUAUAAGUGGCCAACGUCGCUCAUGCGACUUGCAAGUCGGAGAAUACCCGGUAUUCUGUGAUGCUACGAGCCCAACAUGUACUUUCUGUGAGUGUUGUUUUAAGGCUGUCUGCUUGAUUGAUGUCGCACUUUGUGUGCGAAGUAAGCCAAAUAAUCCCUUGCCAAAUAAGUUAAAGGUGUGCAUUUGCAGCGGAAAAAGAUUAGCACAAGUGGCCGAUGACCGGAGCAGGGAAAUUUCGGUACGCGGCGCUCUUUUUCCAGCGCACAUUGGUAUCUAAAGUGCGACGUGAAUCAUGGGUCAAACAUGGGGUGCCUGUCACUCCAGUUUUCGGCGUGCUAGGGCACAACAGCGUCGCGUGUCGCAAUUCAUCGGAUCGGGUGAUCGGUCACUUCUGCUAAUCUUUUUCUGCUGCAGCUGUACGUCGUAUGUCUACUUUCAAGUGACCACUGAAGCGAGCUAGUUGGUAUGAUAUGUUGAGUCAUAUCGUGCACAGUGAACACAAAUUACGGACUUCAUCUCUUCAACCAGUAGUUUGUGUGCGUUGUUUAGCGCGUAAAAUCAGAGGCCGUGUAAAUCCAUAAUAUUGGUUGUCUUCAUUUAUUAAUUUCUGCCAAUGCAGCGAAUGGAGUUCGAAGAUUUUGGCGGUAAUCGAAAGUGCGCGCGCGACAUAUGUAUACACUGUUCCUGUGCCAAAGCAGCAUGCAUUUGUAGUAAGGUGCCUUACUUAGCUUAGAGUACAAAAUGGCCUUAAGCAUUUUUAUCCGCCUUAAGUGCAGCGUUCUGGGUCACAAAACGAGACAUAUCGGUUGGAACCGUACACGAAUGUUUCAUAAAAAGGGCAUUUCACUAUUGUUGGUGUCGUCAUUCUUCCUUAAGCUGUGUUAAAUAAAACAAGCGCUCGUCUUCUCUUGUAACAUUACUGGAGUUGCGUAUGAAACUUGCUGCAUAGGGCUACGUAAAACUAGUUUCAUAUAGGAACGCAAGACACAAAGGCAAGUAUUCAACAAGUGAACGAUUACUCCCAUUACUAAAUAAGGAAUGUGUGCACUGUACCAUGCGCCAAAUGCUGUUUCUACGCAACACAUCCCAGCAUGAUUCCGGUGAAGCUGUACUCAAUGUCUUGGAGAACCAACUACCAUCAGGAUGGGUUGUGCACAUCAUGUGUGUCCGUCGGUAAUCCCACAUUCGAUGAGGCCUAGAGAGGCAUGCUCAUAUCUAUUACAGCGAAGCUGUAUAUGGCUAGGUUCUGGCGGAUCGCGUCCGCGGACAGAACGACGCGUAGAACAACAAUUUUUGGCGGAAGAUACUGGCGUCUCGUUCACUUGGUAUAUACCAAAAUUUGCAUGGAAGAGUCAUGACUGAUAGGUCCUGACAUCAAUAACAUCGCAUGCUCGUCAGUUACGUCACGAUUAACGACAAUAAAAAUGCGUGGCGCAUACCCGCAUUGGAUAUGCGCAUAUGAGCCAGGGACAAGAAAGAAAGAACGAGAGAGAGAGAGAGAAAGAAAGAAGGAAGGUAAGAAAGAAAUCACGUGUGGCUCAUACCCGCGUUGGAUAUGUGGGUAUGAGCAGCCGAGAGCAGGAGCGGUAGUGAUCUCGUCGGCGUCGCGCCAACGCCUCGGCAGAAGAUCGGGCCCGCGAUGCGGAGCGCAAGCGUCAAUGUCAGGCCGAUCCGGCGGCUCGUGCGGCUGAGCUACACAAAUAUGUAACCAAUAAUUGAAGAAGACCUUAAUGGACCGUCGGGAUUAACCCAGCGAUAAACACCAGGGCCGCACAUUUCAGCUUCGCGCGUUUACCAUCUGUACGGGGUGCAUAUACGGUGAAUCUUUAUCUUUAACACACACGCACCAUGUACCCACGAAAACUAGCAGGAAAGCCCGCCAAGGUAUCGGUCAUUAUGCUGACAAAGUGAAGAAAGGCUGACAACAGCUAGCGCUAGCUUCAAAUUGUUUAAUGCCGUUUGAUCGUCACCUACAUACAAACAAUUACCAUGUAUUCCGUGCAAUAAAACGGUCAUACUCUUACCUCCCACACGCUUUCCUAUAGGUAAAGCCGUUAGUGCGAUCCUGAGUGACGUUCACAGAGAAACAGGUUGCUGAAUGUCUCGAAAAAAAAAAAAAAACGAACAAAAAGGCCGAGAGCGAGAGAGAAAGAAGGUACGGAUAUUAACCAGAAGAGCGUCUUGUUGGCUACCAUGCACCCUCUAAUAUUUCUUUUUCCAGUGAAGGUGCAAUCAGUAAUUUAUCUUACUCUUU